GUCGACUGGUCAUUCCCCAAUCGUUCCUCUUCCCGCCCUUCCCCUCAACUUCUUGUUCUUCUUCUUGCCGGUGCAUGUGGAAAAGGAAGCAGAAACACGUGUUUGAAUAUUUUUCAGCAGAAUUUUCGAAUUAUCUGUGAUUUUCACCAUUAAAUUGUGUAUACGUUAACUCUGCAUACAUUUUAAGUGUGCUCGCGAGUUGCGCCAUAUUACAACAUCGUGCUGUGAGAUAUAUCAAACCGAAAAUGACUGAAGAAAAAGUAGCUGAUGUAGCCGCGGAGGGCAAUGGCAAAGAGGAGAAAGCAGAAAAUGGUGCAAAAUCUGAGCCCAUGGAUGAAGCAGAACUGGAGAGCGCUAUAAUUCGGCAGGUCGAAUAUUAUUUCGGUGACCUCAACCUGCCACGGGACAAGUUUCUACGUGAGCAGGUGAAGCUGGACGAUGGCUGGAUACCGUUUGAGAUUCUCAUCAAGUUCAACCGCCUGGCCAAGCUCACUACAGACUUGGAGCUCAUUGCCAAGCUGUUGGGAAGGUCCAGAAGUGGUUUGCUCGAGAUCUCAGAGGACAAUAAGAAAGUCCGCAGAAGCCCCGACAUGCCCCUCCCCGAGAUGAAUGAAGAGCGCCGGAAGGAAGUCCAGGGCCGCACAGUCUAUGCUAAAGGUUUCCCAAAGGAUGCUGCGCUGGAUGCCAUCCUAACAUACUUCAAACAGUUUGAGGAGGUGGAGAAUGUCAUCAUGAGGAGAUACCAGGAUAAUAAGACUAAGAAGAGGCUGUUUAAGGGUUCAGUUUUUGCCACAUUCAAAACUAAAGAACAGGCACAGAAGUUCCUAGAGCAGAGUGAGGUGAAGUACGGCGAGAAUGAUCUGAUCAGGAAGUGGCAGGAAGCCUACCUGGCUGAGAAGCAAGAAGAAUAUGCCGCCAAGAAGGAGAAGAAGGACAAGAAACCCAAGAAAGAAGAACAGUUUCAGGAGGCUCCGCAGGAGGACUUCCAGCUGCCGAAGGGCACGGUGCUGCACAUUGAGCACGGAAACGACAAGAUUAAGCGGGAAGACAUCAAGGAAGGAUUCGCCAAGUUUGGUGACUACGAAAUAGCGUACGUAGACUCAAACCUCGGCGAUACGCAAGGCUGGGUACGAUUCGCCAAAGAAAACGCCGCCAAAGAGGUCUUCGAGAAGAUCCCCGACGGGAAACUCACAUUCGCAGACACCGAGGUCACGGUCAAACUGCUUGGAGAAGAAGAGGAGGCCGAAUAUUUGACGAAAACCAUUGAACAUAUGAAGAAGAGGAGAUUCAACUAUAAUAAGAACAAGCACCAGAAUAAGGGGAGGAAUUUCAAGGGGAGACAGGGGGGGAAGAAACGCAAGCAGGACCAGCAUGAUGAUGCGCCGGCGCAGAAAGUUAAAGCUGACAGCUAAAUAUAGUGUAUUUAAUGGGCAUUUUCAGAAUUUGGGACCCCCAAUUAGCGUAGUUGUUAACAAAAAUUAACUCAUUGUCAGUUUUGUGGCGAUCAUUAUUAUCAUUAAGCAUGAAAUUUCAAUAAA